CCUAUUUUAGCUCAUCAUUAGAUAUCAUGGCACAGUGUCGUCAUGACAUAACAUCAUUGUUGUGAUGUCACAAUCAUUUAGUUAAUUAAAGAGCCCACAAACAUUUAAAAUGCUGCCUAAAAAGGCACCAACCUCACUGGGAAACUUGUCCAGAGGCAGAGGAAGUGAUCUGGGAGAUAAAGUCAAUUAUGAACUAAAAGAUGCCAUCGGGAAUUUAUGAAGAAUUUUAGAAAUGGAGGCAAUGGGUCAUUUCUAAAGAGACUAUGCAGCGCGUCAAGUGUAAUAAUGAAGGAAGACACGCAAAAAACAGGUCUAAAGAUAUUCCAGAUUGUCCAGCAGUCAUAAUACCCUUUAAUCCAUAUGAGUCAGCAUACCAACAUGAUUAUACUUUUAAAACCUCUGGGGUUCGAGAAUCCUUUGGCAAGGGACCUUGGUAUGAACAUAAAAGGAAUAAUCCCCAUCCUGAUGAAACAUUCAUGGUACACCAUAUGAAUCGAAAAGAGGUCGAAAGAGUCCCUACUCCUCGUACGUAUUGGAACAAACAUCCAACUGAAAAAGAGAUACGUGAUAUUCUUGGUGGGGAUUUCUCCACAGAAUAUCAGGACCAGUUUAUUACAGAGGUUAAAGGACUCAUGCCAAAACCUGUUCUUCCCAGACCAGUUGAGCAGAAAAAGGAAAUCCCUCAUCUGCUGAUCACAGAAUUCCGUGAUCAGUACCGUUUACCAUGCUUAAACAAGCAUUUAAUGCAUAGCCUUGCUCGCAAUGGUAGCAAUGCCACACGGGAUAUUCCACCAAAGGGAAUAGUUCCAGCUAUAACAUAUGCUCACAUCAAAAACCAGGAGAACAGAAAGAAGCUGACAACUUAUGAAGACAGUUACAGUAAUGCCCAUGAAGACCUUGUCUCAUUCUUAAAGUCUGUGGACAUUGAAGCCAUUCAGAGAGAACUGCAAAAUUCAAAUCCAAGUGAGAGAAAAGCACUCAGAAAGUUUCUGCGAAAUGUGACUGCACGCUGUGUCACUCAGCCUAUGAAAUCAAAAAUCUGCUAA